AUGGGUGGCGUUAGUAUUGAACUUAGCCGGGGCAGCCGGGAUAAUGAUCCUACAAAGUACCCUGGAAAACUUACGUGGUAUGUUGUAUUAACAUUAACGGCCGCAGCCAUGGGAGGAUUGAUUUUUGGUUAUGAUAUUGGUAUAUCAGGUGGAGUUACUUCCAUGGCGCCUUUUCUGGAGCAAUUCUUUCCGUCUGUUUACCAUAAACAGAUGGAUGAUACAUCAACUAAUCAAUACUGCAAGUUUGACAGCCAGAUUUUGACACUUUUUACAUCUUCGCUCUACUUGGCUGCCCUUGUAGCGUCCUUUUUUGCAUCAACAAUAACCAAGAAAUUUGGCCAUAGAAAGUCGAUGAUGCUUGGUGGAAUAAUUUUCUUGGUUGGUGCCAUCAUCAACGCUGCGGCAGUGCAUGUCAAUAUGCUAAUCAUAGGCCGUGUUUUAUUGGGCAUUGGCGUUGGCUUUGCUAACCAGUCAGUACCUCUUUAUCUAUCAGAGAUGUCUCCAUACAAUUAUCGUGGAACUUUUAACGGUUGCUUCCAACUGAUGAUCACAAUUGGAAUUCUGGUAGCCAACCUGCUUAACUAUUUAUUUGCUAAGAUUGAAGGCGGCUGGGGAUGGAGGCUCAGCCUUGGAUUGGCUGGAGUUCCUGCCAUCAUCAUCAUCAUUUCAUCCUUUUUCCUCUCCGACACCCCAAACUCUCUUGUGGAUAGGGGAAAGGAAGAAGAGGCAAAAGCACUGCUCAAGCGCAUUCGUGGAGUUGAAAACGUUGAUGUUGAAUUCACUGAUAUUCUUGCUGCCAAGAAUGAAGCAAGACUAGUGCAGAAUCCGUGGCAAAAUAUCUUGAAGAGGAGAUGCUAUCGUCCUCAGUUGGUUAUGUCCAUCUUGAUCCCUUUCUUCCAACAACUUACUGGAAUCAACGUGGUUAUGUUCUAUGCCCCUGUGCUCUUUAAAACAAUUGGAUUUGGAAGCGAUGCUUCUCUAAUGUCAGCUGUUAUUACUGGCAUCGUGAAUGUCUUGGCAACUUUAGUAUCUGUCGCAUUUGCUGAUAAGUGGGGCAGAAGAACUCUUUUUCUUGAAGGAGGUGUCCAAAUGCUCAUCUUUCAGCUACCACAGUGGUUUGCCAUAGUGGUGGUGAUAUGCAUCUGCAUCUAUGUUGCUGGUUUUGCAUGGUCUUGGGGGCCGUUGGGAUGGCUUUAUCCGAGUGAAAUUUUCUCAUUGGAGAUCAGGUCAGCUGGUCAGAGUGUUAACGUGGCAGUAAACAUGUUCUUCACAUUCUUAAUAGCUCAGGUGUUCCUUUCGAUGCUGUGCACAAUGAAGUUUGGUCUCUUCAUCUUCUUCGCAUUCUUUGUGGUUCUGAUGACCGUGUUUUGUUACUUCUUCGUGCCUGAGACGAAGAACAUUCCGAUUGAAGAUAUGACACAAGUCUGGAGAGAUCACUGGUUUUGGAAGAGAUUUAUGAAUGAUCCUAAUGAUCCAGUCAAUGCAGCAAUCAAGAAGGAACAAGUCUGA